CCACCGGCAGCGGGGACGCGCCGGGCGGGGACGGGGCCGCACCGGGCCCAGUCGGGCCCUAUCAGACGGGAGGGGACGGGGCCCGGCUCAGGCGAGGCGCCACCGGGAGCAGCACCGGGAGCAGCUGCCGCGUCCCCCCGAGGAACCGGCACGGUGACGGUGCCAUGAAGGAGGACCGCGAGCGCCCCGUUGCCCUGGGUUACGCCGUCACCAAACCCGACAUCCUGGCCGAGGUGGAGCGAGGGGAGGAGGCGGCGGGGCCCUACGGGGAGCACCGGAGCCCCCGGCCACGCGCGGCACCCGCCGGCCCCUCCCAGGGAGACUGGUUGGGGAAGGAGGUGAAGAGCGAGGAGGGGGUGUCCCUGCCGCCCGGAUCCCCCCCAACCCGCCGCGCUGGCGCCGGCGACUUCCCUGUCCCGCUGCGGGAGCGGGGCUGCAGUUACUGCGGCGUCCCCGAGCCGGAGCCAAAUCCCGGUGCCGGUAACGGGGGUUUCAUCCCGCCGCUGCCUGCCUUCGAGAGCCGCCGCUGCCGGGCUGGGGAGCCGCCGCUCGAGUGUGCUGAGUGUGGCCGAGGCUUCGGGCAGAAACCGGACCUGGUGCGGCACCGGCUGGCGCACGGCGGGGAGCGUGCCUACGCCUGCGGCCGCUGCGUAAGAGGCUUCACCGAGCCGGCGGGGCUGGGGGCCGGGUCCCCUGCUGCGGGCAGCCCCUGCCGCCCGGCCCCCUGUGCCGGACGCUCCCCAGGGAUGGCAGAGGGGACGGCGGCACCCCGGAAGGAACGGAAGGAGCUGUCACUGACGGAGAAGGUGCGGGUGCUGGAGAUGCUGGAGGGCCCCAAGGUGUCGCAGAGCGAGCUGGCCAAGCGCUUCGGGGUGUCGCAGCCCCAGAUCUGCCGCAUCAUCAAGAACAAGGAGCGGAUCCUGAGCGAGUGGCACCGCAAUGGCGACCCCGAGCGCAAACGCAAGCGGGAGGGGAAGGACGUGGCCCUCGAGGCCGCCCUGCUGCGCUGGGUGGAGGGUGCCCGCGCUGCCGACCUGCCCGUCAGUGGCCCGCUCCUCCAGCUCAAGGCCAAACACCUCGCUGAGGCGCUGGGCCGGCCUGACCCGGAGCCCAGCGGUGGCUGGCUGGCUCGAUUCGGGGCACGCCAUAACCUUGCCUUCAAGAAGCCACCAGCAGAGAAAGGGGACGCAGAGCAGCCCACAGCCGAGCACUGGGCCGGCGUGGUGCUGCCUGGCCUCCUCCGCAGCUACGCGCCCUCUGAGAUCUACGCCUGCGGGGAGACGGGAGUCUUCCUCCCGGCCAGCUCUCCCAGCAAGGGUGAGAGUGCCGGCGACCGGCUGACGCUGCUGCUCUGCGCCAACGCCGAUGGCUCAGAGAAAGCCCCGCUGCGGGUGGUGGGGGACAGCCCCCAGCCCCGCUGCCUGCAGGGCAUCAACCUAGGGCAGAUGCCCUGGAGCUACCGCGCCGGCAGCCUGGCCGGCGUGACCGCCAGCAUCUUCACCGAAUGGCUGCAGGAGUUCAACGAGGGGAUGCGGCAGCAGGGGAAGAGUGUCCUCCUCCUCCUCGCCAAGCACGAGGUGCACCCCUACCUCCAGCUUUCCAAUGUCAGGAUGGUCUUCGUCCCACCGGCCACCUCCCUGGCCCAGCCCCUGGACCGCGGCAUCACCGGCGACCUCAAGGGCCACUACCAGCGCCGGUUGCUGAGGUGGCUGACGGCGGAGCGUGGCGCAGGGCAGCCGACCCUCCUAGAUGCCCUGCACAUGCUGGUGCAAGCCUGGGGUGACGUGCGCCCGGGGCUCAUCGCCAGCUGCUUCCGUGCCACCGGUGUCAGCCCCGACGCCGGCACCGAGGCCCCGGCCCUCACCCUGCCGCCCGGCCCGCUCAGCCAGGAGCAGCUGGAGCGCCGUGCGUUGACAGACGAGGAGCUGGAGCACGACGGGGAGACAGCGGAGGCGGAUGGGGACGAGGGGACAGCAGAGGGUGAGGACGCGGAAGAGUCGGCGGCAGUGCAGCCCUGCCCCUCGGAGCGGGAGGUCUGGGGGAGCCUGGCCAUGCUGCGGCGGUACCUGGAGUGCCGGGCCACCUCGCCGGACCUCUUCCAGGCUUUCUACGACCUGGAGGAUGCAGUGUACAUGGUGUCAGCCAGUGUCAGGCGAGCCCUCAUCGGGGACACCCCUCCCAGGCAGUGAGCAGAGUGGCCGACAUGUGCCCAGACCCGUUCGUGCCCAUGACGGGGACUGGCACUCACUGGGGCCGUCACCAGACUGGCCUGGCCACCGCCUCCUGCGGCAGUGCCAGCUGAGUUGUGCCGUGGGGUUUGCUGUGGGUCUGUGUGGCUCAGGGGCAAAGCGGGUGCCCGGCGGGGAAUGCUGUGCCCGGGGGCUGCAGAGCCACCGUGCUUUGGAUGUCACCCAUCGGGGCAGCGCCAGGGGCUGGCGGUGGCAGUGCCGGGGUCACAAACCCACUGCUGAAGCCUUCUCCCAGGGGGCGGCUUCUGCAGCCAGUGGGAGCAGUUGUGGAGCUGCCUCCAGGGGGGAUUUGCCCUGAGUGGGGUAGUUGUGUUUGCUGGGGGAGGGGGGACAGGGUGGUGCUGGGCUCUCGCUGUGCCAGGGGCAGUGGCUUCUCCCCACGGGGGUUCAGGGGGAUGGGGUGCCACCGCCUGCUGUCACCACGCGGUGCCCGGAGGUUUGCAACAGGCAUUAAAAAGGCAGAAUUCAG